CUGUGACAACCUUUCUCACUCUUCUUCUCUUUAGGGCUUUUGCAGCUGAAAGAAGCGUCAGAGCCUCCUCAGAAACCCUAGAGCUCUUAAUCUCAUCACUUGGAAGCCAUGUCGAGGAGGAAGACUAGGGAGCCAAAGGAAGAAAAUGUGACCCUUGGACCUUCUGUAAGAGAAGGAGAACAAGUUUUUGGUGUUGCCCACAUUUUUGCGUCAUUUAAUGACACAUUUAUUCAUGUGACUGAUCUCUCAGGUGGUGAAACACUUGUUCGAAUUACAGGUGGGAUGAAGGUGAAAGCUGACAGAGAUGAGUCUUCACCAUAUGCUGCCAUGCUUGCAGCUCAGGAUGUUGCUCAGAGAUGCAAGGAACUUGGCAUUACUGCGCUGCACAUCAAGCUCCGUGCCACUGGCGGUAACAAGACAAAAACACCUGGUCCUGGGGCACAGUCUGCUCUCCGCGCACUUGCUCGUUCUGGAAUGAAAAUUGGACGUAUAGAGGAUGUCACUCCAAUUCCCAGUGAUAGCACUCGUAGGAAGGGUGGUAGACGAGGGAGACGGCUGUGAGCUUUUGCUAUUAUUAUCCAGUCAGAGCUGUUUUUGUUCUUGCAAUAGUUUGUGUUUUCCAAUUGAAUUGCCGGACCCAUGGAAAAUUAGCCAAUUUUGAAACUAAUUUGUAGUUCCGGUCUCUAUGUGAUUCGCCAAAUAUUUAUUUUCAGCUCAUUUGGAAACAAUUUUUAUAUAACUUUCUCAAAAUUAUGCUUUC